AUGGAAGCGGAGCAGGUGCAGGAGGAAAAGCGUUUAGGAUUGGAGGAGCGAGUGGGACAGAUUGAGGUAGACCUCCAACGUGCCAAAGAGGACGUUGAGGCAUGUUCAGUCCUGCUGCUGUCACUGGAUGGCGCAGCAGGCUCCGCAGUGUCAGGUCAGCGGACCGAGAGCUUUGACGACGAGACUCUUCGCUUGAAGGCGCGGAUUGACGUCUUGGAAGAUGCUUGGACCCUGCGCAGCACCACAGUGGCGCAGAGAGCAGAGGAGUCAAUAGCUCGUGUAGAGGAGGAGGUAAAGAAAAUCUGGAGAGAGUUGCUGUCAAAGGAACGCAACAAUACCUCCAAGGAAGGUGGUCACGUCGAGGCCAGGAUAGUUGAUGACCUCAAGCAUCGAAUAGAGAAGACCCAGAGCCAGAUAACAGAGUUGCAUGCUCUGAAGCCGGAGAAUGUUGAUGCCUUAAUGAAGAAGAUGAUCGACGAGGUGAGUCGUUCCGUGAAGCUCUUGGGCGACCGAUGCUCCAAGCUGGAGGAGGAGCUGGCGUCACUACAAGCUGCCGAUGCAACCUCGCAGGUAGACCGCCGGCGAACAGAGCAAUUGGAGAAAAUGGUCGACUUGUUGGUGCAGCAGCGGCGGCAGGAUCUCCAGCAUGCUCAGGCAAACUUUCGCGAGGUGGAAGCGAGGUUCAAUGACUUGGACCAGAAGGAGCAUUUGGAGAAAAACUGGCGUCAAGAAGCUGAGGCCAUUCGCAACGAGAUCCACGACAUGCGUGCGACCCACGUCCCAUCGCUGUUUCAGCAGCACAUGAAAGCAAUGAAAGCCAUGCAAGAAGGGCUGUCGGCCGUUCGCGCUGAAGUGAAGAAGCUCUCCGAGCUUGUGGAAGUUGUCCAGACACAGCCCGGAGACCAGGACGGUGCCUUCAAGUCAAGAGAGGUUCUGGCUCUCAAGGCCCAGGUCAGUGACCUUCAAGAGCAGGUGACCCAGCUCGUGGUCCGUGGAUUGGAAGAGCGUUUUGCCAAUUUGCGCGCCGAUGUGUCCAGAGAGGUCGCGACAGUGGUUCGCGAGUCGAAGGAGAACUGGGUAGUGGCAUCCCGACGCCUUGCAGCUUUAGAGGCUUGGCCUGCCUCUCAAGCUGAGUUGAGUGCUUCGAUGCACUCCCUGAGAUCAGAGCACCAGGAGGACCGUGGCCGUUUGGAGAUCCUCAGCCGAGAAGCAGAAGGGCUUGGCCGGCAGGUGGUUCAUAUCCGCAGAGAGCUAUCUCUUGGGAGACCGGAGAUUGCAGAGGAGCCAGCAGUGGCAUCCUCUGGCGGCCUUCUGGAAGGUCUCUUCGGCGGCGCGGAGCCGAAGAAGAUUGCGGUGAAGAGCGCCGCGAAGAUGGCGGUCCUGGCGACCUCCAAAUCACCCAGAAGCAGCCGAAAGAAGACUCCGGACUCUCGCAAGAGUGCUGAUGGGCAGGUAGCUAGAUCAAUCACACCACGAGAGGGUCCCACAAGAGGAUCUCGAAGCUCGACGACUCCAGGCUUCCCAGCGGUGAUUGGGCCAAAGUUGGAGUGGGCUUUGCCUGCAAAGGUGCUGAGGGAGGUCGGAGCACCAGGCACCAAUGGGGUGCUCACCACAGGAGAGAUGGAGGUGGCCGGCAUUUUUUGCCGCUUGAAGUUCUUCCCUGAUGGCAGCCCCUUGCGACAGACGGAUGGCUCCUGCAGUCUCUAUUUGGUGUGCACAGUGCCAAACGUGAACGUCAGGUUCCGGCUGUUCGCGGGCAACAGGUACUCGCCCGUCCUAGAGGCCAACACUGCCAGAGGUGGCCGCGACCAAGGAAGGCAUGAUCUUUGCCUACUGAAGGAUGUACUGAACGAAGAUGGAAGCGUCGUUGUUGGUGCAGAAAUCCUCGAGGUAAGGAGUGUAUGA